AUGAGCGAGCGGCGGCGCUCGGCCGUGGCGCUCAGCUCCCGCGCCCACGCCUUCUCCGUCGAGGCGCUCAUCGGCUCCCACAAGAAGCGCAAGCUCCGCGACUGGGACGCCAAGGGCCUGGACCUGGCCAUGGAGGGCCUCAGCCCCGACGGCGCGGACGCCCACGACGCCGGGCCGGGCCUGGAGCUCCACGCCGAUUCGGAGCAGAGCACAGGGUCAGACACUGAAGUGUUGGCCGAGAGGACGUCUUGCUCGUUCGGGUCUCACCCCGACCUCCCGUCCAGUGGCUCCGUCACGCAGCCGACUCCUACCUUGUCCAUGGAGGAGAUUCAGGUGGAGCUUCAAUGCGCGGAUCUUUGGAAACGGUUCCAUGAUAUCGGCACGGAAAUGAUAAUCACCAAAGCAGGCAGGAGGAUGUUUCCUGCAAUGAGAGUGAAGAUUACGGGGUUGGACCCUCACCAGCAGUACUACAUCGCCAUGGACAUCGUGCCUGUGGAUAACAAGAGAUACAGGUACGUGUACCACAGUUCCAAGUGGAUGGUGGCAGGCAAUGCAGACUCCCCUGUACCCCCCAGGGUUUACAUCCACCCCGACUCGUUGGCAUCUGGAGAUACCUGGAUGAGGCAGGUUGUCAGUUUCGAUAAGCUCAAACUGACCAACAAUGAGCUGGACGACCAAGGCCAUAUAAUCCUGCACUCGAUGCACAAGUAUCAACCGCGCAUCCACGUGAUCCGCAAGGACUUCAGCAGCGACCUCUCGCCCACAAAGCCAGUGCCUGCCGGGGAUGGGGUGAAAACCUUCAACUUUUCGGAGACGGUCUUCACCACGGUCACAGCUUAUCAAAACCAGCAGAUCACCAGAUUAAAAAUUGACCGGAAUCCAUUUGCAAAAGGGUUCAGGGAUUCUGGAAGGAACAGGACUGGCCUGGAGGCCAUUAUGGAAACAUAUGCUUUCUGGAGGCCCCCCGUGCGGACCCUCACCUUUGAAGAUUUCACCACCAUGCAGAAACAGCAAGGGGGGAGCACGGGCACGUCCCCAACAACCUCCAGCACGGGGACCCCCUCGCCCUCUGCGUCUUCUCACCUCCUCUCUCCAUCAUGUUCACCCCCAGCCUUUCACUUGGCCCCCAACACUUUCAACGUCGGCUGCCGGGAGAGUCAGCUGUGUAACCUGAAUAUCUCCGAUUAUCCUCCGUGCGCCAGAAGCAACAUGGCGGCCCUGCAGAGCUACCCGGGGCUGAGUGAGAGUGGAUACAACCGGCUCCAGAGCGGCACCGCCUCUGCCACUCAGCCUUCUGAAAACUUCCUGCCUCAGCGGACUCCAUCCUUGAUCUCAGGAAUGCCUGCUCCUUCCUCUCUGCCAAGCAAUGGCAAGAUGGAAGCCUAUGGUGGCCAGCUGGGGUCAUUCCCAGCCUCUCAGUUCCAGUAUGUCAUGCAAGCUGGCAACCCUGCCUCCACCUCUUCUUCUUCCCACAUGUUUAGUGGCGGCCAUAUGCAGCAGAGCUCCUACAAUGCAUUUUCCCUCCACAAUCCUUACAAUUUAUACGGAUACAAUUUCCCUGCUUCUCCAAGGUUGGCGGGAAGCCCCGAGAAACUGCCCACCACCCAAAGCACUUUACUCUGCUCUUCACCUUCCAAUGGGACAUUUGGAGAGAGGCAGUAUCUUUCGACAGGGAUGGAUCACGGGAUGCACGUGAUCAGCAGCCCUCCCAGCAACAGCCAACCAACAGCCAAUGCCUGUGAUAACAGACAAUACGGGGCGGUACCGGGGUCUUCUUCACAAAUGCCGGUGCACAUGGUUUAACCAGUGCUCCGAGUCAUCCCCUGAGGAGCGAGACCCUCGUUGCUUAUCCUGGCCAUGCCGUCCCUGUUGCUUUCGCAACUUAAAAUAGGACUAGACUUU